AUGGCCGACUCCAAAGGCCACGUAUUUGGAUUCUUCACGAGGGAUUCCAAGGACGAUGGUGUCAAGAUCGACAAAACCGAUCUCCAAUCAAAGAGGGCCGUCCAGAAGACCAAAUCAACAGGCGUGCCUACCAAAGGCUUCUGGGGAUCUGAUCGUUACGCAAGGCAAACUCUGGAUAGUUCAAAAUGGAUGGGUAACCAGUAUCUUUUGUUGAAAGACCCUUUGGCCUCUGAAAGAGAAGCUGCAAUGCCCUCUCUCUCGACUACACCUCCAUUGAACCUGGCAAGUACCUAUGUUGAUAAUUCCAUCUCCAAAGACAGCAACACGCCCAUUCUGAGUGAAGUGAUGACUGAAUAUGCAAUUGAUAAUUACAAUUUCCAGCCGAUGUCUGGUUUGGCUGCCUUUUCGCGUUUUGAAAAGACCAACAUCAUCAGCUUGCCAGACCGAAUCUUGGAAGAGUACAACUCUGCGGAUUCCAUCACUAAUAUGGGGAUUUUAAAGGAGAUCAAGAGGUGUUGGAUUACGAUAGACAAUAAACUGAUUUUGUGGAACUACAACGCGGAGGACCAGUUCAAUUUGGGUCCCACAGAUUACCUUACCAUCGACCAGUUUAAGCACACCAUUCUGACUGCCGCUUUGGUGAAGCCCAAGCCCGGCGUGUUUGUGGAUACAGUGUCCUGGCUUUUGUUGGUGUCAACAUCCACGGACAUCCACAUUCUAGCAGUUCAGAAUUCUACCAGUUUUGAGAUCUUUGACACGGGAAUGAGUGUUUCGACCCAUGGAAUGGCUGUCAACAAGUUUGUUUUCUACGAGCCUACCCACGAUAUUUUCUUCAGUGGAGUGGGUGAGGGCACAAAUGUCUGGAAAUUAAGCUAUUCCAACACGGAGGAGUGGUUUCAUCGCAAAUGCACCAAGGAGUGUGUCACCAGGAAUAAUAUCUCUGCGGUUGUUCCAUCUGGUGGAAACGGCUUCUUGCAGAUGAUCCCAGGGCUUAGUCUUCUGGCAUCGUCUUCUUCGACCACAGCAGAUCCCAAAUUACCGCCUGUGAAUCCUAAGCAGGAGACAAUUGUCCAAAUGGAGAUAGACCAGACACGUGGAAUCCUCUAUACACUCUCGUCCCACUCCAUCAUACGUGCCUCCAGAAUCAAAGUCAGACAAAGUGACAAAUCUGUGACGUUGUCAAGAGCAGUGGUGAAGAAUCCGUUUUCAUUACAUAGAGAUCUCAGCACAACAACUGUGAACGUGAAUUCUCCCCUCGUUGCUCCCAAAACCCUCAAGAUUGUGCGGCUGGAAGCUGUCACCAACCAAGAAAGUUCUCAUCUUUUCUUGGUGGUAAUCACGAGUUCGGGAUGCCGUAUCUACAUCAAUGGUGGUCUUUCCAUGGAUGAUGGUAUUACCCUUUUUGCGAGACACUUGAAGUUCCCACCACCAGAGAGGAGCUUCUACGAAAGUCUGGAGGGGCAACUGGACCAAUCUGAUCAAGCGGGAGCUCUUUCGAGACAACUACCCAAGCAAGUGCAUGCCUCCCCUGCUGAGUUGAAAAAGGUUCAAGAAUCUUCUAAAUUGCUCCAAAACCUCAAACUGUGUCAUAUCGUUUCUCCAGGCAUAUUCUUCGGUGUCAUUCCAGAUGGCCCAAGGAAGACGGACCGUUUGUUUGUAUCCACGCCUGAUUUUGGCGCUUUGAAGAACUCCUCCAUAUUUGUGGAAGACUUCGAGUUCUUGGACACUUCUGCUUCAGCGAUCUACGACAUCGUCCAGCUUUCAGCAGGCUUGAAUGCCACAACAACUCCGGUGGGCUACAGCAACGUCUUUGCUUCUCAGUACACCAAGCCCCCAUUAGACAUCGCCAUUCUAGCCAACUCAGGAAUUCACAUAUACAGAUACCGCACUCCAGACAUGAUUCUGGAGGAAUCGCUGGAUGAGAUUACGUUCAACGAAUUCGGACUUAGAUUUGGAACCUCGGAAGCAUGUUCCACCGCAUUGUACCUUGCUUGCAAGUACGGAAAAAUUGAUAUUGCCAAGAACAAGGCUGCACAGCUGUUUGUCACUGGUGGAAAGAGAGCAAAUCUCAAGACACAAUCACCAAUACCCACCGUUGACAACGUCGAGCUCAGUGAUAGGUUCUACGGGUUGCUUCUUCUGAUGUCGAGGCUAUUCCGUGAUUUUUGGUCAAACGAGGUGUUCAAACUUGAUCCAAGGGUCAAGUUUGGCAAGGAUGGAUAUAUUUUGGAAGCUUCUCUGAAGGAGCUGAAGGACGAGCCAAUGCUCACUGGAGUCACCAUGGCCAAAGCAGAUAUUGAAUUUUUGCUUUGCUCGUUGUUGAUCAUCAUCCAGUUUCUUGAAGACCACAGCAAAGUAAUAGCUGGUCUGUCUGCUCCUGGAUCCCAUGACCUGAGGGCAAGAAGCAAAGACCAGGAAAUAUGUUUGCAGGCUGAGCACAUUGGUUUGAAUGCACUGGUAAAGUUGUUGAAUACGGUGAAAGAAGGUUUUUCGUUUUUACUCAUAUUGCUCGACGAUGACGAACAGUCUUCGAGUUUUAAGGACACUAUGGGAUUUGUCUCAUUGCAAUUUCAGGCAGACUUAAGUUGUCUAACUUUCAAAGAUUUCUUCGUGCCUGAUGACUCCUAUGUUCAACAACUCACCAAGGAAAUACUGACUUCGAUCAUCAACAAGAGUAUCAACAGGGGUAACUCGGUCGACUUUGUGGCUAACGUUCUCCAGGAGAGAUGUGGAUCAUUUUGCUCCACUGGUGAUGUGCUUAUUUUCAAGGCUAUUGAGAGUCUGAAGAAAGCCACAGAAGCGAAUAACAAAGAUGAAGAUUCCAAGUUUAAGUACCUGCAUUCAGCAGUCAAACUGAUGGAAGGAACAAGCGAGUCUUUGAACCUCGAGAUCAUAUCCGAGGCGGUGGGCGUAAUGCUCCAACUAGGAUUCUAUUCGGGUGCUAUCGAAUUUCUGCUCAAUGUGGUCAACAACUCAGACUCUGCCAAAUUAGCCUACAAAUACAUAGCUGAUGGGAACAUGCUCAAAGAUGAUCCCAAAAAGAAGGCUUACGAGAAAAGGGUUUCUAUUUACGAGCUUGUGUUCAAGGUCUUGGUGGAUGUUGAUGAGAGAACCGUGGAGAGCAUCCAGAAGGUCAGUUUGACAGGAGACCUGAUCAGCGAGGGGGCAUUUGUCGAUGAAAAUGGUAAGAUAGUCUCGAGAUUCACCCAACUUCGUGAUGAGAGUUAUCGCACCUGUUUCGAAUAUCCUGACAAACUAUUUCACUUUGAACUGUACAAGUGGUUUGUGAGUCAGGGAGUUGGCGAGAAAUUGUUGGAUGUUGAUACUCCGUACGUUUUGCCGUUCUUGGAGGAGAACUCCAAGAAGGGAAUCCAAAUGGCUAAGUUAUUGUGGUUAUACCAUGCCAAAAAACAGAACUACUUUGCUGCAGCCCAGAUCCUAUACGACUUGUCGUUGAGCACUUUUGAGAUUGACCUCGCCAACCGUAUCCAGUUUCUGUCGCGUGCCAAUGGCUUCUGCAACUGUGUGUGUCCUCCUAACCUCCGUCAGGAAAUGAACCAGCUUUCCAGUCAAACUACUGACUUGAUUACUGUUGCAAACGUUCAGGAUGAGUUGCUGAGCACCAUUUUGAAAGACCCCAGAAUUGGCACUGACGCUAAAGAACGUGCCGUUGAGGACUUGAACGGGAACAUUCUGGGAAUCAGCGAGCUUUACAACGAGUUUGUGGAACCAUUGGGUUACUACGAACUUGCCCUGAUUGUUUUCAAAGUAUCAGACCACCGCAAUUCGGAGCACAUACUCACCCAAUGGGAAUCUCUGUUCAACAAGUGGCAGGUGGAAUACAACUCUUCGGACUCCAACAAGGGUGAGCCAUUUUACGUAUAUCUGGCCAACAAUUUCAUUGCUACCGGAUCUCUGGUUUCUGACUCUGAAUUGUUGUUUCCAAUCGCAGAGCUGUCGAAGAUAUGCUGCAAAGUCAUGCUUUCUUCGGAAGCUGAGGGCGACAGAGCUCCUGUCGGCCAGUUGAUUGAUAUGUUUCUGAAGUGCGGCACAUCCUAUGAACAACUUUACUACAUCCUGAAGGGAGUUAUUGAGAGCAACAGCUACGAAAUCUACCCUGGUUACACCAAGCACCUGAAGGGUGAGAUGGUCCAUCUGAUCAAGACAUGGUACAAGAACGACAAGCGUUUGAGGGAUAUCAUCUCCAAUGAACUGAUAAGAAGUCUGUCAGAAUACUCGGUGGAAGCAGAUCCUAUAAACCGGUAUAUCAAGGCCACGGGCAUACCGAUUUGA